UAUUUUCAAUCAACUGCGGCAACCGAUCUGGGCAUCAAAAUAUGCAUGUAUAUAUUUAUAUAUUAUUCCUGCUAGUACCAUUGAUCUCCUAUGGAUAUGGAAUAGGAGAGCAAGAGGAGCAAGAUCCAAAUGAUCCAAAAUAUCAAAAACUGGCCGAAGAAUUAGUACGUUACCACUUGAAUGUAACGAAACAGGACAUGAAAAAAGUAACAGUGUCUAAGGUUACUACACAAAGAGUGGCAGGUGUCCUCACUAGAAUCAAAUUCCGUGUUUUCCUUGUCAACGGUAAAUCGUCUAUGUGUGAUUCUGAAGUAUGGGACCAACCUUGGAAAGAUUCGAGAACUGUAACUUAUAAAUGUGACGGGCUGUUUUCCAACAAACUACUAAGCUCAUUAGGCAAUUUUCGAAUCGCAGGACCACGGGACCCUAGAAACCCUAAAUACCUAAGGUUAGCAAAUCGGGCACUUGAUAUAUUCAUUCAAACUCGAGACAGUAAACUUUUUAACAGAGAAGAUAUAAAAUCAGUAACUGUAACAAGUGCGAAAGUAAAGAUAGACAGACAAAUAACAAAUGCCCUUGUUUUCGUUGUUAACACUCUCAAUAAUGGUCAAUUUGAAUGUGAGGGUGUAGUUUUGGAAUCACCAUGGAAAACAUUCGAUAGGCCUGAAGUUACUAAUGUAAAUUGUGAUAUUAGCAAAGGAGAUGCAACAAAUGAUGUUCUUAUGGGCCAGUCAGGUAAAAAUCAACAGACUGGCGGCCAAGAGCGUCAAAACCCGAAAGACCCUAAAUAUAAACAGUUGGCGAAAGAAUCUUUUAAAAGGUACCUUCAAUCACACACCAAUGUUAAAAUAAGUGUUAAAAAAUUAACGGUCGACACAGUAACCUCCCAAGUGGUAGCUGGAACCAUGAUACGCAUUGAUUUCCAUGUUGAUCCUAUCAAAGGAACGAGAAUUCCUUGUAAAUCUGAAAUUUGGCAGAAAGUUGAUAAUCAAUUAGAUUUUAACGUGAUGUGUCAGUUGAAUGAUGAAAAGAUAGGAGGUCAAAAUGAGGAAGACCCCAAAGACCCCAAGUAUAAACAACUUGCAGAGGAAUCUUUUCAGAAAUAUCGGAAAACUCAUAUUGGCCCCUUAUUUGUUGUUAAAGAGAUUAAAGUGACCAGAGUAACCACACAGGUGGUUGCAGGUGUAGCCACCAAACUCGAUUUCAGGGUAAUUACUGACUCGAGCGACAUGUACCAUUGCCAUUCUGAGGUUUUGGAACAAUCAUGGAUUCAAAUCAAAAAUAUUACAGUUAUUUGUGACCCGCUAAACAAGUUAUCUGCUUCUGUAAACAGUCAGUUGAAUGAUGAAAAGGUAGGAGGUCAAAAUGAGCAAGACCCCGAAGACCCGAAGUAUAGACAACUAGCAAAAGAAUCUUUUCAGAAAUAUAGGAAGACUCAUCUUGGCCCCCUAUUUGUUGUUAAAGAGAUUAAAGUGACCAGAGUAACCACACAGGUAGUUGCAGGUGUAAGAACUAAACUCGAUUUCAAUGUAAUUACUGACUCUAGCUACAGAUACAAUUGCCAUUCUGAGGUUUUGGAACAACCAUGGCGUAAAAUUAAAGAUAUAAAAGUAAUAUGUGACCCGCUAAACAAGUUAUCUGCUUCUGCAAACCGUCCGAAAGUUAAUGAUGAUCUUGAUGAAAGUAUAGGUGGCCAAACAAACGACGAUCCCAAAGAUCCUAAAUACAAGAAAUUAGCAGAAGAAUCUUUUAAGAGGUACUUAAAGUCGCACACCAAUGUUAAAAUAAAUGUUAAAACAGUAACGGUCGACAAAGUAACCACCCAAGUGGUAGCUGGAACCAUGAUACGCAUUGAUUUCCAUGUUAAUCCUAUCAAAGGGACGACGAUUCCUUGUAAAUCUGAAAUUUGGGAAAAGGUAGAUGAUAAAUUAGAUUUUACCGUGAUGUGUCAGUUGAAUGAUGAAAAAGUAGGAGGUCAAAAGGAGCAAGACCCCGAAGACCCCAAGUAUCAACAACUUGCAGAGGAAUCUUUUCAGAAAUAUCGGAAGUCUCAUAUUGGCCCCCUAUUUGUUGUUAAAGAGAUUAAAGUGACCAGAGUAACCACACAGGUAGUUGCAGGUGUAAGAACUAAACUCGAUUUCAAUGUAAUUACUGACUCGAGCUACAGAUACAAUUGUCAUUCUGAGGUUUUGGAACAACCAUGGCGUAAAAUUAAAGAUAUUAAAGUAAUAUGUGACCCGCUAAACAAGUUAUCUGCUUCUGCAAACCAUCCGAAAGUUAAUGAUGAUCUUGAUGAACGUAUAGGCGGCCAAACAAACGACGAUCCCAAAGAUCCAAAAUACAAGAAAUUAGCAGAAGAAUCUUUUAAGAGGUACUUAAAGUCGCACACCAAUAUUAAAAUAAAUGUUAAAACAGUAACGGUCGACAGAGUAACCACCCAAGUGGUAGCUGGAACCAUGAUACGCAUUGAUUUCCAUGUUAAUCCUAUCAAAGGGACGACGAUUCCUUGUAAAUCUGAAAUUUGGGAAAAGGUAGAUGAUAAAUUAGAUUUUACCGUGAUGUGUCAGGUGAAUGAUGAAAAAGUAGGAGGUCAAAAGGAGCAAGACCCCGAAGACCCCAAGUAUCAACAACUAGCAAAAGAAUCUUUUCAGAAAUAUCGGAAGACUCAUAUUGGCCCCCUAUUUGUUGUUAAAGAGAUUAAAGUGACCAGAGUAACCACACAGUUAGUUGCAGGUGUAAGAACUAAACUCGAUUUCAAUGUAAUUACUGAUUCGAGCUACAGAUACAAUUGCCAUUCUGAGGUUUUGGAACAACCAUGGCGUAAAGUUAAAGAUAUUAAAGUUAUAUGUGACCCGCUAAACAAGUUAUCUGCUUCUGCAAACAGUCAGUUGAAUGCUGAAAAUGUAGGAGGUCAAAAUGAGCAAGAUCCUGAAGACCCGAAGUAUAAACAACUAGCAAAAGAAUCUUUUCAGAAAUAUCGGAAGACUCAUAUUGGCCCCCUAUUUGUUGUUAAAGAGAUUAAAGUGACCAGAGUAACCACUCAGGCGUUCACAGCUGUAGCUGUUCCACAGGGCCCCAUGAUGGCACGAGUCAAAUGUGGUUCGCGGUAG